CAGGGCCCCGGGGAGUGCUGGGCGCCGCUGCCGCGGCUCCUUCGCUCGGUUCCGUCUCCAGGGCUGCGCCGUGCCGGCGGCCGCGGCAGCAGAGCAGCGGGAGCCGGGAGCCGCGCUCUGCCGAGAGUUGGGCUGGCGAGCGCCCGCACCUCCGCGGCGUCAUGGGCCCCCUCCCCGGGCCUCAGCGGGCACCAGCCGCGGGAACCCCCGGGCCUCCUCGCGGCCGAGACUGAGCGACCCCCGGGUUCUCCGGCGCCCCCUCCCUCCGUCCUAUUUUUGUCCUGCUCUCGCCGCCGCUACCGCUUGAGCUCUCAGUUAUGGCAACGGAGCCACCAUCCCCCCUCCGGCUCGAGGCGCCCGUCCCCCCAGAAAAGCGGAGCUCACCGGUGAGCGAGGCCGCCCCCGAGGGCACCCCGAAACCGGCGGGCGGCAGGCUCCGCUUCCUCAACGGCUGCGUGCCCCUCUCGCAUCAGGUGGCCGGACACAUGUACGGGAAGGACAAAGUGGGUAUACUUCAACAUCCAGAUGGCACAGUUUUGAAACAGCUACAGCCACCUCCAAGGGGUCCAAGAGAGCUGGAGUUCUAUAAUAUGGUUUAUGCUGCUGAUUGUACUGACCGUGUUCUUUUAGAACUACGAAAAUAUUUGCCAAAAUAUUACGGCAUCUGGUCACCUCCCACUGCACCAAAUGAUUUAUACCUAAAACUGGAAGAUGUGACCCAUAAAUUUAAUAAGCCCUGUAUAAUGGAUGUAAAGAUAGGGCGAAAAAGCUAUGAUCCUUUUGCCUCAUCUGAGAAGAUUCAGCAACAGGUUGGCAAGUACCCAUUAAUGGAAGAGAUUGGGUUCUUGGUCCUUGGCAUGAGGGUGUAUCAUGUUCAUUCUGAUAGCUAUGAAACACAAAACCAGCACUAUGGAAGAAGCUUAACAAAAGAAACUCUAAAGGAUGGAGUCUCCAGGUUUUUUCAUAAUGGAUUUUGCUUAAGAAAAGAUGCUAUUGCUGCCAGUAUUCAGAAGAUUAAGAAUAUUCUGCAGUGGUUUGAAAGCCAGAAGCAGCUUAACUUUUAUGCAAGUUCAUUACUGUUUGUUUAUGAAGGUUCAUCUCAGCCAACUACUACCAAAUCAAAUGACAGAACUUUGGCAGAAAAGUUUUUGUCCAAAGGACAACUUGCAGACACAGAUGUACUGGAGUACAAUAAUAACUUUCAUGUGUUAAGUUCCACAGUGAAUGGAAAAAUAGAGGCGUCAGUAGGCAAAAGCUUGUCCAAGAUGUAUGCUCGUCACAGAAAAAUGUAUGCAAAAAAGCAUCACAGUCAGAAUUCAUUGAAAGUUGAAAAUAUAGAGCAAGACAAUGGGUGGAAAAGCAUGUCCCAGGAACAUUUAAACGGAAACGUGCUUUCCCAACUGGAAAAAGUUUUCUACCAUCUUCCCACUGGUUGCCAAGAGAUUGCAGAAGUAGAAGUACGAAUGAUAGAUUUUGCUCAUGUGUUCCCUAGCAACACAAUAGAUGAGGGAUAUGUUUAUGGGCUGAAGCAUUUAAUUACUGUAUUGCAAAGUAUUUUAGAUAAUUGAAUCCUUUGCUGCAGUCUUUUUAAGGGGUGGGGCGAUCAUAAGGAAGAACAGCAGCAGUCAAUAUCUCUGCACUUGUAAUGCUAUGUAAAAAAUUUGUAUUGUGAGUCUACAUUUUAUUUGUCUUUAUACUUUUGGUAGAAGGGUUAACUUUUUUAUAAUCUUACUCAGGAAAACUAAUUAUUUGUUCAUUAGAAAACUAUGAAGACUAGAGAAACUUAGGAAUGUUAAGCAGGGAAUGUGGUGGUACAUAGCUUAAACAUCUAUUUGGCUCAAGCAAAACGCAAACCAUUUUUCGGUCAUCAAGAGUUCAGUUUUCUGUAGCCAAUUUAUCAUGAAAUCUCUGUCCACCCAACCUUGACAGUGAGCCAUAUCUAAACUCAUUGCAUUAUUAGAACUCAAAAAUCUAGAAAGCACAGAUUGAAAUCCUUAGUAUUGCUCUGUAUGAAGUUAUUAAAACUGGAGAAAAUUCUACUUCAGAAAUAAGUACUGUUUAGGUUUUAUAUUAAGAGUUAAGACCAGCAUAUCAAAGGUGCUUCUUAGUGAAAUGAUUUAGAAUUUUGCAUUUCAAAAGCAGAAUUUCCCUUUAAUUUUCAUUCAUAGUCAUAUUUCAAAAUAUUACGCUUCAUGAAAAAGAUAAUUGAAAUGGACAACAACAACAACAAAAGUCUUGAAAUUAAGGGCACUAGUAAUUAUACUUGCCAGGAUGAGAAGAGAGAAGUUACUUGCAAGGAACAAAACGUUUUCUUUUAAAAUCGUUCCUUUAUGGGAAACCUUACUACAUUGUGAAACGUAUUAGAAACCAUAUAAUAGAUUUUCCUCUAACUGGAGCUUCAAAAAAAGUGGAUGAUUGAAGCUUUGUCUUAUUUCUCCUUUAAAUAAAUAUUGAGAGUUUUUUCUUUUAAAAUUCAUAUAUUUAUAUGUCCCCAUUUAAUUAAGCAGUAGUGUAAGCAUAUGUUGCUAAAAAUAGUCUUUCUCAGACUUCUAAUAAGCAGGAAAAAAGGACAACAUGCAGUAUUGUGAGUUUUAUCAAAAGUACUAUGUAUAAAUUAGUGCAUCAUGUAGAGUUUGGUGCAUAUGUGAAUCCAUGCUUCUAUUUCACUCAAAACAGUUUUAUAUCAUAUUCAAGAGAGAAAUUAUAAUUUAAUUUCACAGAGGGGAGGGCAAUGCUAUUUUUCUUGGAAAAAUUAGAUCCUUAAGUAUUAUGUGUUUCAUAUCCACCACCUUAUAAAAAAUAACUAUUUGUUAUCGAAAGCAUUUAAAACUUUGAAAUUAAAUUUGCAAGUACGUUAGAUAUUUAUGCUGUCAUUACUUGCACUUUGAUUCAC